GCAGACACUUCCCCUGCUGUCAGCUGACAACUCCUUUUACAGUCUUCCCCUGCCAGCUACUAUGGAAAGAAAAUCUAUUACAGAUUAGGCACACAGAAUGCUGGGGAAUUCCAAGAGUCAGCCCUGGCGGUAUUGCUAUUGCUUAAAUGUCCUUGUUUUUCCUUGCAUCUCAUUUCAUCACAGUCCAGCAUGUGGGUGGUGGUAUCCUGACAGUGAGGAUUAAAAUGUGUGUGGAACUGCUAGCAGUGGCCAUUCUGCUAACACUUCUGUCUCCAGGAUAGACUCAAAAGAGAAACUGUCAAGUAUUCCUACUUCAUUACAACACUAGCUCCUUUGAUCUCAGGACCAUGAAAAGCUCUUCUGUCUUGCGCCUUAUACUGUUGCUAGGGCUGUGGAUUUUGGAAAGACUGGUUGCAGGUAAGUCCUAAGCUGGUUUGAAGUAGAGCUAUUUAAGAUAGGAAAGGUUUACUAGGAUGGGGGAGAGAGGGUUGAAUCUCAUUGUGACUGAAUGUGAUUCGUGGUAUUAAGAUGUAAUGUCUUAGAAUGUGCUCUAAUAAAAGUAUCUAAUAGGCAGAGAGGACCUGGUAUUCAGACCUCUGUCAGGGCUACUCACAUCACCCCUCUAUAUAUUAUUUGGAAAUUAGAUCAGUGGGGAGAAAGGUGUUUACAGCUGGCUCUCAACAAUAAAUGGUGAACCUAUUUGACUAGACUCAGAACCGAACAGAUGCCCACAGCUGUUUUGGCUGGACAUAGACUUCUGUUCCAAGGGCUAAAAGAUGUUGCCCAGCCUAUCCAGGAGUUUUGAAAAACACUGUUCAUUAUGUUUUAGAAUGCCCUCUGUAUAAUGACAUAAGGAGAAAGUAUUUAUCACCGUUCUUGCAGAAAUUGACAUAUUUCUCAAAUAGAGGGAAAUUAAUAUGGCCCCUCCAGCAAACAGAUCAAUAGUUAGUAAACCUUCAUGCAGUUUUUGCUUACAAGGCUGAAGCUAUCAGAGCUAAACAUCCUUUAUUGUUGAUAUGACCAAUAAACUUUAUCAUUAUGUUUUUUACUGUGUUAAUUAUGGACCUAUGCACAACAAUUGUAUAGAUUCAUGAUCUGAUCUAUCACUAUAUAUGUACUUGAUUUUGUUAGUUCUAGGAGUAGGAAUACUGCUUUUAUAAUGGUUGGACCUAUUUGAGAAAUACUUGCAUUCCUGUUAUUUUUGUAUAAAUUGAAUUGAAUUGAAUUGAAAUGGAGACAUCUGUCGAGCCAAGAAUGAGUGUUUACCUGGGAGCUAAUCUGCAUAUACAUGUGGGCAUGCAGACUGGGAUAACGGGACAACUCUGUUGUCAUGUGUGCAGUUCUGUUCAGUAUGUACAGACUCCUGGCAAAUGCUUGUAGUUGUGCAGGAACGGAUUCAUCUGCUGUGUAGUAGAAACUAGACUAUUUUUUCACUUUUUUUAGGAUUGCAGAUUCUGUGUCAUGCCAGGAGCAGCAGGAAUCUCUGUAAUAAUCCUUUCCUACGCAAUACGAUAAAAAAACUCAUUUAAUGGCCUCUAGGGCUUAGCAGCAAGCGGUAUGCGUGAACCAGUGAUUCUUAGUCAUGUUCUCACCCGUAGGAAGGUUAUCCUCCCAUUGAACUAGGAUGCUACUCCAGGUAGCAAUAUGAAAAGGGAAGGGCAGAUCUCCCCAGUUCUACACCUGCAACUACAGGAGAUGUUUACUGCACAGUUGACUAAUUAACUGCACAGUAAACAUCUCAGUGUUUACAGGUGCACCCCUAUCAAGGUGCAGGCAACUAAUAAAUUCGACAGCAGGGUAGGAGUAAUAAAUACAAGUCCUACCCUUCUGUGGAGUUUAUUAGCUGGGCAGCAUCUUUGUAUUUACAAGUCCUACCCUGCUGCAGAGUUUAUUAGUUUCCGAAUCCACAUCUCAUCUGUGUGCAGUCCCCAGCAUGGCCAGAGUCUGACCUGCUGUCUUGUCCUAAGUAGAGAUGAGAUCAGGCCAUGAGAUGCCCCAAAAAGAAUUAGUAGGGGAUGGGCUUAUAUGGGAGAUCUGGCUUGAGAAAGAGCUGAGAUCUCCAGGAGCUGCUCUUAUUUAGGAUGGAGGCUGAGGUCCCUGGAGCAGGAGGCAUUAAGACGGCACAAAGUAGCCUAAAGAGAUAUUAAGCAGCCAACUGACCCCUGAUCUGGACUCUGGUUCCUGAAAGCCUAAGGCAGAAUCUGUUUGAGUGUGAGUGAAAGUGAGCAUGACCUAGGAAUCUGCAUGAGCCUCAACAACCCCCCAAGUAUGAACUAAUGGCAGGGGAGUGUGGGUCACAGAUCACUCUAUAACCUACAAACAAACUCGGGGGCAUGGGUGAUCUGGAGGCUGGUGUCAGACAGAGCUCCAUGAGUUAAACAGUCAAGCUCUGUGGAGAGCAAUCAGCUCAACCGCUUACAUCUAUGUUCCAGUUAGAACAGCUUACCCACCCUGCUACCUGCUGGCCUGUGUGCUGCGCUCUCUGCAUUUACAUGCACUGCUGAAUUUUCUUUAGGUCUGAUUCUGGCUCCUCUUACUGCACUGGAGCGGCAGUCACUGACUUCCAAACUGUGAUGCUUGUUUAAGGAACUUUUCAUCAAGAUGGGACAAUCUGUCCUUGAUGUUGGAUAUUGGACUCAUAGCUCAUGCUUAGUUACUUGUAACAUGUAUAUGAAUCCUUGGGAACCUCAGAAGAGGCUGAUUAACUGAUUAAAAUGCAGGCUGUCUCUGGGUAAGUGGAGUCCUCUAUAAGGGAGCAUCAGGCUCGCCUCUAUUUAAGCUAAAAACAACAGAUGUGACUCAGAUGGAGCAAUGGUUGCUCUAGGCCCUUUAUGUUGCUCUGGUGUAAAAGGGCCAUAUGAGAUGGAGUGGCCCUGGAGAGAACUGUGCGGAUGCAGAGCUGAUUCAUAGAGUCCUUCAUUACCUAUGUGCAGCCCCCGGUGUGGAGGCAGUUCAGGAGUGGUCCCCACAAUCACAGCACAGUCCUCUCUAGGGGGCACUCCAGCUCUAUGGCCCUUUUACACCAGAGUAGCACAGAGUGCCUGGACCAAGAACCACAGUCUGACCUGCCGACUUUGUCUUAAGUAGAGAUGAGGUCAGGCCAUGUGAUAAUAGGGGAUGGGCUUAUAAUACUUACAACUAUGGGAGAUCUGAUUUGAGAAAGAACUGAAGACUCCAGGAGCUGCUGUCAUUUAGGCUGGGAGUUGAGGUCCCUGGAGAUAUUAACCAGCCAACUUGCUCCCUGGUCUGGACUCUGCUUCCUGAAAGCCUAAGGCAGAAUCUGCUUGAGUGUGAGUGAAAGUGAGUAUUAUCCAGGAAUUAGCACAAGCCUCAACAACCCCCCAGCUAUGAGCUAGUGGCAGGAGAGUGCCGAUCACAUAUCACUCUAUAACCUACACACAAACACAGGGACACAGCUCAUGCUUAGUCACUUGGAACACAUACAUGGACCCCUGGGGACCCUAGCACAGGCUCUUCCUCUAACUGAUUAAAAUGCAGGCUGUCCCUGGGUAAAUGGAGUCCUCUAAAAUUCUUUAACUGAGCUCCAACAGAGAAGAUAGGAAAAGGUGAGCAUACAGGCAGGGAAGCAAUGAUUUCUCUCUAAAAGAACCAUGAAAAACAAGGGAGGUUGUUUGAACUGAUACAGAGCAGUUGCAGACUGAAAAGUGAUUCAGACAAGUGCCUUUGCAGGGUUGGAUGAUCAUAUCCCCCCAGUUACCAUCAGAGCAGAUUUGCUCGAUUUACAGAUCAAGUCAGGAUGGGCCAGAUCCUCAGCCAAUGUAAGCUGUUGUCUCUCUAUUGACUCAUCUUUGAGCUCUGCUAGUUAACACCAGAGGAUAUGCUGGCUGCCUGCUCCCAUCUGCUGGCACCACUGACUCCUGUGGAAAUCUCAGCUGCCAAAUUUGUAGAUGUUGAUUCAGCGGAGAGCCAAGCUUUGCUGUACAGAGCUGCACCCGGUCUGCUGUGCUAUGUUAAACAGCCAGGACCUGGUUUCCCAAAUGAAAUGUAGACUCCAACACAGACAAGGAGCAAAUAUGAUGGUGACUGUGCAACAUGUGCUCAUAAGGAGGAGGGGAUCAAAACCAUGGGGGGUGGGGAGGGGGCCACAGUAGGUUACAUUUAGGUUACGCUUGCAGUUCAUGUUACCCCAUGUGUGUGGAGGGGGGAAAGAGGAAGGAAGGACUCAUAUAUUAGCCUCUGCCUAGGGACCCUUAAUAUCUAAGCAUAAACUAUAACUCUAAAAAUACCAUAUAAUCUCUAAUGAUACUUUCUUUGAACCUUUCUUCAGAAUCCAAGGGACACUCACAGAGGAUGGUGAUGCAUGGGAGGACAGGGUUUAUUUGUAUAGGCUCCACUGGAGAGGAAGCUGGGUAAAUACAUGGGGGCAAGUCGGCAGUGAGCUGGCUGCUGCUAGGGCUACACUGUAGCACUACCUGAGCUAGUUGGUUGACAGCCAGCUCAGACCAGCCUAAAUACUGACUCAUUGCAGCAGCAAUUGCAAUAUAGAUACCUCCACUGCAGAGUAGCUGUAUGUCAGGAAAACUUCUCCCUGCCCUCCUGGCAAUUUGCCUCAACUCUGCUCUACUGAGUGGGGUGACCUUCCUGAUCUGCCUCCUGAACAUCUAGACAAAGGAACUAGGGCAAGUUAACAGACAGUAAGGACUUUCCAUGGAGCUUCAGUUCUGUGGUACCUGUGCAUCUACUGUCUCUGAGCCCCUGGUAAGUGAACAUGAAAAAGGAUGAUGUUGUUUUGUUUCAUGCUAGGGAAAGCUCCUUCUGUUUAGCUUUCACUUACCACUGGGUAAGAGUGGACAGCCAGACAGUUAUCACAUAUCACUACCCCAUGCUAAGCUCCUUUUUAACUGACUGAACUUUGUUUGUCCAUACCCUGAGCCUGCCAAGGAGAACACUGUAAUUAGUGACAGCUUUAGCAGCCACAUAUGUGACAGAGCACAUAUGUCCUUAGGAAGAGGACUGAGAUCUUUCACAAACACCUAAUCAAGUGUGGUGGCAUCUGGAUCAGAACUGAUGACCCAACAGUGAAGGCCUGAUCCAUUUAGGUCCCAGGGACAACCAAAAUCAUUUGUUGGAUGUGCAACAAUGUGUAAGGGUUUUACAAAAGAAUUACCCCUGAGGCUGUUGAAGAGCUACAAGAAAACAGACCCAUCCUGUCCCAAGUCUGUUAUCAUAUUUAGUACUAAAAAGUCCAGGGAAUUUUGUGCAAAUCCAGAGGAGAGCUGGGUGAAGGUGAGAGUCACAGAACUUGACCGAAAAAAUGCCCCUCCAACUCCUUCACCUUCAAAUCCCAUCAGUUCCGUAUUACUACAAGAAAAGGCAGGCGUAUUUCAGAGAGUUAUUGGAGGUGCCGUGUCCACUGCAACCCAGACCAGUGGCUCAGUGAGUCCUAGUUACAUGGCUGGCACAACCCUUUCAGAGGCAACAGAUGUUUCUGCUGUAAGGGCAGAGGGUACAAACAUAGCCACAUUGGUUGUGCAAGAGUCUAUGUGGCUCUCUACAAAACCUUCCUCUGUGAUCCCAGGGACUAACACUGCUACAUACUCUGAGCCUGCUACAUAUGGGAAUGAGGUUUCCAUGAGACUUAUUACGCAUCCAGCAGCUCAUGCAUCAGACACUAAUCUCAGUGGACUGACUCCAUAUGCCACAUCUCCUGUGAGAAGGCCUGAGAGUUUUGUAGGAUCCACACAAGAAGCCACAGGAUCUUCUACAAGUGGAAAAGCUGAUGUGCCAACCACUGAACCUUACAGAUUUAAUUCUUAUACUACACCGGUCAUGAAAAACUUUGAAAGCUACAUAGAAUCUACAUGGGAUCCCACAGAAUCUUCUACAACCAGAAAAGCAAUUGCAUUGAGCACUAUUACCAACAGAAUUAAUUCACAUCCUACACUGGUCAUGACAAGAUCUCAGAGCUAUAUAGGAUCUACAGAAGAAUCCACAGGACCUCCUACAAGUACAAAAGCUGAUGCGUCAGGCCCUGUUCCCAGUAGAUUUAAUUCUGAUCCCACAUGGGUCAUGAAAGGGUUUGACAAGUCCAUGGGAUCAACAAACAGAUCCACAGGAGAUAUUAUAAGCCCAGUAGCUGACAAAUCAGAUGCUGACCCCAGAAGAUUUACUUCAAAUGCCCCAUCCAUUGAAAGCAGUCCUGAGAGUGCCAUAUUCCAGACAACACUUGCCCUAAUAAAAUCUGUUCCUAGCAAGCCUGCUGAAGAGUUUACACUGAUGAGAAGAGUGAUGGAAAGCUACACUAUGAAAACUGAAGAUGUUGUGAAAGAAAGUGUUGCUGUCACAGGACUCACUACACACUCCUCAUCUGUUGAAGGAGAAACUAGUUCAUUCAGUAAGAACAGAGAUAAUGCAAGACAGGUUGGUAGAGACUCUGCUUCCAGGGGUGAGGCUAACACCUCUAACCAUUCAUAUCCUGUAGAAAAGGAAGAUUCUCCUCAGUCCAUUCCUGAAUCCAUUUCACCAGCAGACACUUCAGUCUUUAUCAGCACAACAUCCCUAGAAAUGAACAGAGCCAGGAUGACUACAGAAAUACCAGCUAUACCAUUCGUGUCUUCACGCAGCUUUCUGGCUCAAUACCAAAUCUUGUCUACAGCCUUGCUUUCUUGGCAGCUGUUCUUUGUGUAGUCAUAUACAUAAAGUGUAUGACACCUGGUGGUGAAGUAGCUAAAGAAACGGUACAAGGCUUGCUUUUCAGUUGCUAGUCAGCAAGGCUAUUGAAUAUGCAGUGGGCGUUAUCUGUGUUCUCUGAGACAUGAACGUUGGCAGCUUCUAUCCUACAAAAAAGUUAGAAAAAGUGCAUUGAUGCAAGGGAUGAUCCAAGUAUGUCAUGCCCUGCAGCAAGAUGUUAUUCAAUUGCAAAACAAAAUUGAAAACCAAAAAUUAGAAAUUGUGGCUGCUAAAAAGCAGGCACAAGACAAAAUUGCAGACCAAGAUUUGGAAAUUGUGGCUGCAAAAAAAGAAAUAGAAAAUUGGAAAACUAAUGUUCAAAUACUUACAACACAGAACCUCAGCCUCAUUAACACUGCAAAGAGGAAAGAGAAAAACAAAGAGAAGCAGAGGGAAAAGUUGAAAAACUAGAAGCUGAUCAUUGGAAGGCUAAGGCAGACAAGGCACAGGGAGGAAUCAGGCAACUGGUGGAACAGAGCAGUCAGAUGAGAGAACAGUGACAUCCCAUUAGGGAUGGACAGCUAAUUCAUCAUCCAGACCUGCAUAAAAAGGUCCAGAAAGUUCAAACUUCAGCAGAACACACUGUUGUUACAGCACAACAUGUGGGUAAAACAGUAAUUCAUUUGCUAGAUACAGGAAAAGAAGCCACACAGCAUUGCUGGUGAAAAACCCUUUUUGGAUGCCCCCCUGACUGCUACUGGCACUCUACAUGUGGCCUUACAGUCCUUUGUAGUAGUUUUAAGUAUUGGUAUAUUAUUAGCAUUAAUACAAUGUAUCCCCACAUGUAGGAACCAGCAGCUGCUUUUAAAAAUGAGGUCCCAUGCUCAUAAGGAGGAGCCAAAAACACUCAACUCAAAUAUACAUAACUAGCACACAGGCAUGUCUGGCAAGAAAAUCUAACAUUGGAGAUGGUGGCCCCAUUUGCCUUAAUGGUAAUGCUGGAAUGUCUCAGUGAUGCUACAUAAAUGCUUUAUGAGCAACAAGGCAGGGACUGGUGCCUAUAGAAGCUGUGAAAGGUUGGCUGGACCUACACAUAAAAUCUAAAUGACCAAAUUAAAACAACAGUGCAUCAUGCACAAGAAUGCAAGAUUGUGGCUGGAACCAUGAAAAAUAAAGCUAUCCCAAUUGGUUUCAUUUUCUGCGCUAGAUAAUGCCAAUUCAUCAUGGCGUUUGUAACCACCUGAAAGUUUUAAUAUCUAGGAAAGAAAUCCUCUUGCACAAAGGAAAGUGUCUGGGGCAAAACUGGAUUGUGGUGACAAGACUGCCACAAAGAAGAUCAGUCUCUGCUAAUGUUUGCAACCCAUUAGGCAUAGGGUCUGGUACUGAGGCUUGCAGUAGUCAAUACCAGACCCAUGCCAUAAGAUGAUAGCAGUCAUAAUGAAGGCCAGGGCAAGAGUGGAUGGGGAUAGUGAGAGUGCUAUCAAGAAGAACAAACUGUUGCUCUGCUAGUGGUUGCCAUCCACUAGGCAUUGAGUUAGAUAGGCCUCAACUCUCUAUCCGAGCCUAAAAAUAAAAGUGAUGGUUCCUCUAAAAGGAAAUUUGUUGGCAGAGACAUGACACGCUCAUCACACAUAGAGCAAAGCUAAGAGAGAAAGAGAGAGAGGCACAGACUGUUUGAGACAGUGCAACUAGAGACAGCAGGAAACUACAUGAAACAAACAAUAAAAUCACCUUACCUGAGAGAACAAGGUACCAGGGUGAACUCAGCCAGGCGGCAGCAUGGGACAACACGGCUCCUGGGAAACUAUGUGAUACAGGCAAAUGAAGCCCUCUCUGGAGGCAGCCAUUUUGGAACGGGGAAAAUGACUCCCCAAAGAUCAUAUGAUAAGGGCAGAUGAAGCCUGCUCUGGAAGGGGUUGCUGUGAGAGAAGCCUAGAAGCUGAGUGUGAGCUUGGGCACGGUGUCCUGUCCUCAGAGCUGCCAGAGCCUGAGGAAAGUACAGGCUGUGUUGCAGGUUGGAGGGUAGGAAGCCCAGCCACAGCACCUCUUGCUCCUUUUCCCCUGGAAGCCCUGCCUGAGCUGUUUGGAGGAGCACUUGGCCCUUCUGAAGAGCCCCCACUGAGGAGGACUCUUCUCCAAGCCCUUGCAUGGUGUGAGAUGCACUAGAUGGGGAGGGGGACUGGAGAGAGAUUGGUCCAGGUCCCUGUGAGCUCUAGGUGGGAGGCAGAGCUUGGGGAUGAAGCCCUUCUCCCACAGGGCAGUGCCCCUGUGAAAAAGAGUUAAGAUCCAAGGGAUGGGGUGACCUUUCACUGCCUGGCAAACGGGUGUUGGCAGGGGAUUGCCAGAGUUGCAGCCCAGAUCCUGCUCCCUGUGUGUCAGAGGACAAGGGUCUGGACAGGGUAAGCUACUUUAUAGGAAUUUUGUUGAAGGAGCACCUGCCUGCAACCUACCCCCUCAUGGGGCAUGCCUCGUGAGACCCUUACAGCAAGUACCCACCCAUGCUUCCCAUAGGAGGGGCAUGAAAGCAGCUUCGCCUUUCCAGGCUACCCGUGUACACAUCCUCCAAGACUGUCAUCAUGUACAACAUUAUGGACUGAGGGUGUGAAUAAGUUUCUGACACUUUAUCAAUUGUGUAUUCGUUAAUUUCCUUUCCUUUAACCCCUUGUAAAUAAAGUGUACGUAGUUGUAAA